AAUACUUGGUAAUAUCUGUGAUUGAGAAAAUACAAGAGUAGGUUAGAAGAAGAAUGGUGCUCUGUCUUUACCCUAUUUAAAGCAAUUGAGUGUUAUGAAACUUGUAUUGCUUUCGGAGGAAUUGGAAUAAUUUUAAAUGGCGGAGGAGGUAGAUUAGAUUAAUAGUUUUGUGAUGCUCCCUUGUGUAAUUAUAUUGUAAUACUGUAGUGGACUGUCACAACUAUGUAAUAUUGCAUUAGAAGCAAGUACUGUGUAUGUGCAUUGACAUGUUGCUCAUCCGUGUCUUGUACGAUGAAAUAUAAAUAAAAGGCAAAUUCUAAGAGAAAAGAACACAAUAGAAUUUAUGCUGGUAGAAGUUUACUGAUGUUUCAGAGGUGCUUACUUUCUCCAUCAUCUGGGCUAUCACACUAUUUCCAUUAGUGAGGCAGAUGCUUAGAACCCUGCAUAUGUUGUUAAACUAUGUUCCUGAAAUGACUGCUACACCCAAACAAACAGAAUGCAAAUAUAAUUUGAGGAUCUCACAGUGACUGAGAACUUGGAAUGCAAGUAAUCUUUUCUGGAAGAUGAAAAUAUGGGACUUAGAGUUACUUACUUGUCCAAGUGUUUUCUUGUUGCACUAGGACUUGUGUUCUAUUGUGAAUUCCUCAUUUACUAUAUUGUUUUACUGCAGUGUUGGUGGCCACAAUUGGACCCAAACAAGGCUGACAACACAAUUAAUUUAAGACAAAAUGAGCAACCAGUUCGUGCUCUUCUGUUGGCAGACACACAUCUUCUUGGAUCCCGCAAAGGCCACUGGUUUGAUAAGUUGAGAAGAGAAUGGCAAAUGUAUCGAGCCUUCCAGACAGCCAUGGGAAUACACAAUCCAGAUAUUGUAUUUGUACUUGUGGGGCCCUACUGUACUGCUUUUUUCUCUGCAGGGGAUCUGUUUGAUGAGGGGCUCUGGUGCAGUGAGAAAGAAUUUGCAUACUAUGUGAACCGGUUCAAUGACUUAUUCAGGGUGCCAGCAGGCUCACAAAUGUUCGUUGUGGUUGGGAAUCAUGAUGUUGGUUUCCAUUACGGGAUUAGCCCUUACCUGCAUGAACGCUUCUCAUCAGCUUUUGAUGCCCAGUCUGUACGGCUGGUCUCAGUCAAGGGCAACCACUUUGUAUUGGUAAACAGCAUGGCAAUGGAAGGGGAUGGCUGUUUCUUGUGCCGUCCAGCGGAGUUACAGCUGCAGAAAAUUUCAAGAAGGUUGAAGUGUACGAAUGGAGUGGGCAGAUGCGAUCGAGGCAUGGAUCUCACCCAGUACAGUCGCCCCAUUUUACUACAGCAUUUCCCAAUGUACCGGGAGUCAGAUGCUGAAUGCAGCGAACCUGACCAAGCACCCAAGGAUGAGAAGACGCAGAAAUUUCGUGAGCGGUGGGAGUGCGUCUCGAAAGAAUCUUCAGAACAGCUGUUGGAUAUCUUGAAGCCUCGUCUUAUUGUGACUGGUCACACACAUCAUGGCUGUCAUCGUACACACAGAGAAGACAUUCAUGAGUGGACUCUCCCAUCAUUCAGUUGGAGAAAUAAGGACAAUCCUAGUUUCAUGCUAGCAGUGUUCACUCCAAACAACUAUGCUGUUUCCAAGUGUGCAAUGCCACGGGAGUCCACAGUAAUCUGGUUGUACAUGUUUGGAGGAGCUCUCUUAUUUUUCUGGAUAAUGCUUACAUACCGACGGUUGUGCCGGCAUACACGAUGGUUUAAGACCAAUUAGUUAGCUCUAUAAUUGCCAUCUAAAAUGAUUUAUAUAUUAUUUCUGUUGAAAUACCUUGUAUGUGACAUACAUGUUGAAGAGAUUAUUUUGUCUUGCAAGGUACAGAAUUGUAGUAAGAGGAGUGGUGACACUACAGCCUUCUUACAUUGCCACAGGAACAUGGGAUCUUUUAAACAUGUAAUUUGUAGUGAGGAUUUGCGUAUCUUUAGUAGAAUUUAAUUUGGAAGCCAUUUGAUUGAUAGGUUUUUGUAUUAUGUGAAUAUUGUGUUAUUGCAGUAGCCUGGAGAUGUGAUCAUUGAUCCCUUGGGUGUAUGCUUUUUUCUGGUACUUCUGGCUAGUCUGGGUUUGAAUAUUCUGUUGACGUCCUAUAUGGAGUGGUCAUUGGCUUAGAGAACAGACCUAAUAUGUUGUAGUUCUGGGGCCCAGCUGGCCUUGUCACAGGUGGUGUCUGUUCUGUUUGUCAGGGUGAUGAUGAUGAUGGACCUCUUGUGAAUUGGUGGGUGGGUGGUGUGAUGCUGCCUGCAGGUAUCUGUAUAUAUAGGUGGCUUUCCUACAGAUGCAUGCCCUUGUGAGUUGUUGGGGCGGCAGUUGGCCACACAUGAAAGCCAGAGUCAUACAAUAGUUGAGAAGUUCAGUUCAUCUCUGCUGUUAUGUGUGCAAAAAUGUAACAGGAAUUUUGAGGUAUGUAAACAAUUAUGAUUUAAUUUGAUCUCAUAUUUAUAAGAUUCUUUAAUCAUUAAUUCUACCACAUGCAAUUCAAAUAGGCAUUUAGGCCUCACUAGACAGAUUUAAUUUUGGACAUUUAAAUAAAAAAUUGCAUCCUUACAAAAAAUUGUUACAUAUCUUGUAGACCUCUGCCUUUAAGAUUUUGAAAUAAAAAGUAUCCUCGUAAGAAACAGAUUAUCCCCCCCCCCAAAUUCUUUCUUUUUAAAAAAACAAACAAAAACAAACAUUCUUUUAUAAAAUUAAAAUAUGUAAUUGUAGCAAUGCCGCAUUUGUACAACAGUGGGCUGUGAAGUAUUUGUAAGUUCAGCUUGCAUGGUAAUCCCCAAAAACAUGAAUACACACAAUCUAAACUCACACUCACACAACAGAAAAUUGCAGUUUUGACAAUCGAUAUGGUGUCAAGUCUUCAUGCUGUGGUGUUUAAUUAAGCACAGAGGGAAUUUUAGUUGUGUUUCCUUUUUAACCUAAACUGAAACUUAUUUAUGUACAUUGAGUACACCUCAUGAUACUAAAAACAGGAACAUAUAAAUUUACUACCGAAGCCCUAAAGCAUUUUUUGCACAUCACCUUCAAAGCAUUUGUUUUUCAUUCAUGGUGUAAUCAUGGUAUACUUUAUCAUACCAGCUAAUUUCUCUAUGUCAUGUAAUUAUUGUGGGCUUCUAACAUCAAGCUCAAAAGAAACUUCAGUUUUUGUAGUAAAUCAUAAAAGAAUAUGUAAUAUUUAUUAUAAUGAGCCAUAUAAUUUUUAUACAUUUUCUAUACUGUUUAUAAAUUGGACUGCAAUAUUUAGGUUAGACAUUGGUAUUAUAGUAUCUUUACUAUGAAUAACAGCAUCAAAAUUAUACUUUGUUAAUGCUUUCAUUUUAAGGUUUGUCUCUUAAACAGCAUACACUUGUAGAUCAAAUUUUUACAGGAUAUAAAACAAUUUACUGUUUCCUUAACCUUUCCUGUUAAUAUCAUAUCUGUUUCUUGACAUGGUUUUAUAGGUCAUGGGAAAUAAUUUGAAACUAAAAUUGUCCUUACCUCUGUAGCAAAAAUAUAUUUAAAUAAAUGAAAAGAAUGUAACAGUUAAGGAUGCACACCAUAAUGUUUCUUUGAAAUAUGAGUGCCAUUUAUAGCCUAAGACUUUGUAUUUAAAACAGAGCAGUAUGCCAGAUGUACUGAGUGCUGGAAGCAUCUCUUCAGUAUGUGAAUAAUAAUGUAGGUGCAGUAAUUUUUACAAUUUGUCUGAACAUCCAGUUGAGCCAUAACAUAAACAUAUUUAUCAGGUGCAGAGUUAUGCAUUGUGACUAUAAAAUGGUUAAAAAUAUGGUACUUGACAUUUGCAUGAAUUGUGUCUUGUAGUACAGAGAAAUAAUUUGAGACCAUUAUCAUUUCUAAAACAUGUCUGAGAAAAUUUGGCAUUACUUUAAAUUUAUUGCUUUAGCAUGGCAAACCACUUCUGUAUCACCUGCCUAAAAAACAUAUGAACAGGACCCAGUCCGAGAAAAGGAUGGAAGGAUCCUGUUCAUAAUAUGUCGCCAACCUCCUGUAAAGGAGACGGCGUAAUAAAGAAGAAGAAUGCUUAUAGCAGGAGGUUUCAUUGAAUUUCUUCUGAGAUUACAGAAUAUUAUUUUGUGAAAGUAGUAAUGUGCUGAGGGGAAAAUAUUUGUAUAGUGUGCUGGAAAAACCAUUUUAUUUCCAUUUUAGACCCAAAAUUACACCAAACAUGAUGAUGUGUUGUGUAAUUAAAUAAUUUUAUUCAUUAACCCUUCAAAUUUGAUUAACAUAUGUAGCAUGCUAGUUGCUUCACAUGUAAUUCAGUGCACAUAGCGCAGCUCAUUUUUUGUUUAAAUUAAUUUGUUUGGUACAAAAUCAGAGGCACAUUUGGACUUUCCAUUGAUCUAAAUGUGUAACACAUUUUUUGCAAUUUCAGCACACAAAAGGUUUAUUCCCAACAGUACUGGUAGGUCAUGGUAUGCUAACUAACUAACUAACUAGAUGGCUUACCGAACCAGAAGGUUCAUCACCGAAUUAACCAAAGCCCUCCAUCUGUCCCCUGUCCUGGGCCAACAAAAUCCAGUCUCCUUCAACUCCUAUCUCCCAUAGAUCCCGCCUGACAUUAUCCUCCCAUCUACGUCUAGGUCUACCCAGUGGUCUUUUCCCCGCAGGCUUCCCAACCAAUACCUGGUGCUAGUAUAUUUAUUACUAUUGUGCAUCUGAUUUGUUCAGAUAUCCUUGUAUUGCAGUUAUAAAUCUGCUGUUCUCGAGCCUAAUUCAGCAUUGAGGGAGACUGGCGUAAAAUGAACAUGGGUAAAAUGACUGUCAGUUUUUAAAUUUAGCAUAAUUUGGUUGGUUAUGUUGGUACUCAACUCCAGUGAAAGAUGGCGUAUUUCUAGAGCGCGGUUUUGAACCUUUGUGCGUAGAAGUAUGUUUUAUGAUGUUUCUCUUACGUUUUUAAAGUCACAGUUUUAUCAGAAUUACCAGUCUGCGAUUUUUUAUCAGAUUAUUGAAACAGAUAUCAGCUGAAUACUUGGGAAGUAAACCGUAAUUACUAAUAAUUGUGCCCAUCAGUGUUGUGCUUUUCAUGAUAUGUUGUGGAAAACAAGUGCAGCCAACUGUGGGUUAAAUGAUACACCAGGUAAGUAUGCCAGUUUUGUACACAGACCUAAAUGGCACAGAGUAAUUUCUUGUGACAUUCGAUAUCGUUUCUUACUAAUGCUUGAUUUAUGGCUUUCGAAUUGUAUUAUGAAAAUGUUAACUUUUGCUAUGCUGUAAACUUGAUUGUGUGUGUGUGUGUUUUUCAUUUAUUUUUGUAAUAUGUUACUGUUACUGUGUUACAUUGCUUUGUUUUAUAUUUAGCUACUCUGUGAUUGAUGAUACUCUGUGUUUAAUAUGGUGUUUAUUGUUAUAAAUUACACGUUUUGUAAUCUU